AAGGAAAAUUUUUUUGAAGUUAUGGCUCUUCGCGGUGAAACCAAUUUAUUUACACCUUGUCAAGCUAUUGGCCUUUUCUGUUCUAAAGUUCCCCCAGCCUUCACCUAUUCAACUCCUAAUGCAGAAGAUACUGACGGAAAUAUUGCUUGUGCUAUAGAAAAUCAAUGCGUUUUUUAUUCAAGCAAGAAGCUUCAUUUUACUUCGGUAUGCCCUCCUGUUGAUACAGAAAUCACGGCAGUUGCAGCUGAUAUGGAAAGGACUUAUGUUGCUUUUGGAUUUUGUGUGGCAAUUAUUAGUAAUCAUUUUUCAAAGAUUGAACGUCGCUUAAUUAUUGGAAAUGGUGGUCCAAAAAUGCUUCUAUCAUUAACCGAUAUUUUAGUUGUUGUUGACAAGGACAAUACAAUAAAUGUUUAUAACACAGAAGAUGGCCAUUUAAUUGUUCAACUUGAAAGUUCUUCAUCGUUUAAUAUUACUUCAAUUUUGCACCCAGACAAUUACUUAAACAAGAUUUUGGUAGGCUCUUCCGAUGGUCGUACGCAUAUUUGGAAUUUAAGAAAUGGAAAAUUAAUUUAUGAAUUUGAAUCUUUGGGUGAUGAUACAACAGCAAUUAAUGUAUUACAACAAUCGCCAGUUAUUGAUGUUGUUGGAAUUGGAAUGUCUAAUGGGAAAAUUAUUUUAAAAAAUAUUAAAUUUGAUACUUUAAUAUGUUCAUUCCGUCAAACUGGAGAAAUUACUGCAUUGGCUUUUAGAUCAGAUGGUGUUGAUACACUUGCCAGUGCCAAUUCUGAGGGUUCCAUAGCUAUUUGGGAUUUAAAUGAGCGCAUUUUAAUUGGUCAAUUAACCCAAGCACACCAAUCUUCAAUUACUUGGCUAAAUUUUCUUUUGGGUCAAGCUUAUUUGUUGAGUGCUGGAGAAGACAAUAAACUCGUUAAAUGGGUUUUUCGUAAUGAAAAUUCUCUUCCAGAAGUACAAAAUUGUCUUCAAGGACAUUCUGGACCUGCAACAACUCUAAAAUUUUUUGAUGACGAUUUAAUUGUUUCUGCUAGCAAGGAUGGACAUGUUCGACAAUUCGACUCUGUAAGAACUGCAUUAUGUAAAGAUUUUGGUCUUGCUAGAGAAGUUAGAAAAGGAGAUAUUGGGAAGGAUCGUUUUAUUGAUGUUACUUUGGAACCUAUUUUGCAGAUGGAGUUAAGUUUUGGUAGAGAAGCUGUUUGGGAUAAUGCUGUUUGCAGACAUUUAAAUUCUCCACUCGUUUCAACAUGGAGUACAAGGCUAAAGAAACGUGGUCGUCACUUGCUCUAUCAUGAACGUUUUAGCACCGAUCCAAACCUCCUAAAUUCUUUUGCUUCAUCAAUUUGUAUAAGUAAUUGUGGAAAUUUUGUUUUAAUUGGCUAUUCUUCUGGACAUGUAGAUGUUUUUAAUAUGCAAAGUGGAAAAUAUAAAUUUUCUUUGGAAUCGAAAAAAUUUUUGGAAGAUGAAAAGUCAACAAAAACAACACCAAAAAAUGAUAACAGCAAAAAUACAAGAGCACACGAUUCUUUAGUUGCUGGAAUAGCUUUAGAUAUAUUAAAUCGUAAUGUUGUUACUGGCUCUGCAGAUGGAAAAAUUUAUUUUUGGAAAUUUGGGAAUCCUUCUAUUUUACGUUCUAUAAUGAAAGUUGCUUCUGGUGUUCAAUUAUUUCGUUUGGAUUUGUUAAAUUCUUUGUUAGCUGUUGGGUUGGCGAAUGGGGAAGUUGGAAUAGUUGAUAUUCUUUGCAGAAAGUUGGCUCGACGCUUUAGUCAUUCAUCAUGUACUGACUGGCCUGAAGGAAGUACAUUAACUGCUUUAGAAUUUUCAAGUGAUGGAAAGUGGCUGUUGUCUGCAGACAGUCAAGGCUUUGUCAAGGUUUGGGAUUUAUCUUCUGGUCUUUUAAUUGAUGUUGUUUACCACUCAAAUCCUUGUAUAGCUAUGGCUUUUAAUCCAAGAGGUAAUUUACUUGCUACUUGUCAUGAAGGUCAACGUGGAAUUUAUUUAUGGGCUAAUAAAUUGUUGUAUUCUUCAGCUACUAGAAUUUGUGUAGAAGAGCGUAAUAACAAGCUAUUAGAAGAAGAUAUUCCAGUAACUUCUCAAUCAUUACCUUCAAUUCAACAAAAAGGAAAAUUUUUGGAUGAAGUUGUUGAAGAAGAAAGAGAAAUUUCAUCAAUAUAUUCAUCACAAGAAGAACGUGUAGUUAUGAUUGAUGAAGAGGAAGAUGAGGAUGAAGAAGUUGGGGAAGAAGGAACUAGUGGAGAUUGGGCAACGUGUUCGGGUGCUGGUGGUGGUGGUUCUAGUCAUUUACAUCAAUUAAAAUUUUUGUCUUUACUUGAACAUAGAAGGGCUAAACAAUUGGAUGCAAAAUUGUUUACUCUCUCGGGGCAGCCAACAAGUAGCUGGGCCAGUUUGCCCAUUUAUGAAUUAAUUAAAGAAAGAAAUAAACCAAAAGAACCACCAAAAAAGGCAAAAGAAUUACCAUUCUUUUUACCAACAAUUGAAACUGAAAAAGGUGUGGUAUUUAGUGAAGAAUUAUUUAAUAAAAAAGAGGAAGAAGAGAAUGAAGAAAAAAAGAAUGGAAAGAGGACAAUGUUAAUUGCAAAAAGGCAAUUGGAAGAAUUUCAGACAGAAUGGGGAGCAAAAUUGUUGAGAGCAGGAAGCAACAACGAUCUUCUCCAUGUAUUUGAUCAAUUAAAAACCCAAAGUUUAGCUUCAAUAGAUUUUCAAAUUCGAGCUUUAAACGGCGCAAAGCUUGGACAAUUUGUAGCAAUGUUAAUUGCUGUUUUAGAAAUUAGAAGAGAUUUUGAUUUAAUUCAAAGUUAUAUGGCAGCAUUUUUAAAUCUUCAUAGAGAAAAUUUAUGGAAGGGAAGAAAGGGAGGAGGAGGGGGAGGAGGAAGACGAAAAAAAGAUGAGGAGGAAAAUUUAUCUGUGGAUGAAAAAUUGGAAAAAGAUGAAGAACAAAGUGUUUUAUUAAAGAAUUUACAAAGGCUUCUAGAACUUCAAAAAAAUGUUGUAAAAGAAAUUCAACCAAUUUUUGAUCAAAACAGCUCAAUUACGUCGUUUACAAAAAGCGCAUUAAUUUAA